CUCUGGGGAACACACGGAUUGAGCAUUCCAGAUAAUCCCUUUCCAAGUCCCAUCUGACAUCGGACUGGGUGGCCUGCCCCUGAGACUUCCUGGGACCCUGGCUGGGGUCUGAGGGCGGCCCUCGCUGCUCACCUGGCUGCAGGAUGAAGGUGGCCACCGGCUUCAUGGUUUUGUGGCUCAGCCUGGGGGGUGGCCUGGCUCAGAGCGACUCCAGCCCGGACGCAGAGGAGUCCUAUUCAGACUGGGGCCUUCGGCACAUCCGGGGCAGCUUUGAAUCUGUCAACAGCUACUUUGAUUCCUUCCUGGAGCUGCUGGGAGGGAAGAACGGAGUCUGUCAGUACAGGUGCCGCUACGGAAAGGCACCAAUGCCCAGACCCGGCUAUAAGGCCCAGGAGCCCAACGGCUGCAGCUCCUACUUCCUGGGUCUUAAGGUACCAGAAAGUAUGGACUUGGGCAUUCCAGCAAUGACCAAGUGUUGCAACCAGCUGGAUGUCUGCUAUGACACUUGUGGAGCCAACAAAUAUCGCUGUGAUGCAAAAUUCCGAUGGUGUCUCCACUCGAUCUGUUCUGACUUGAAGCGGAGUCUGGGCUUCGUCUCCAACGUGGAAGUAGCCUGUGAUUCGCUGGCUGACACUGUGUUCAACACUGUCUGGACCUUGGGCUGCCGACCCUUUAUGAAUAGUCAACGGGCAGCCUGCAUCUGCCCAGAAGAGGAGAAAGAAGAGCUAUGAGGAAGGGCUGAUGCCUGCCUGCGUCUUCCUGAGUGGUACCACAGCUGUGGGUCUUGGAGAGCGCCGUGUGGCCGACCUAAAUCAUCCUUUCUUCCAGCAGUUUGAAAACCACAGAGCAGGAGAAAGGAAACAUUGUUUUACAGCCGAAAAGUGAGUCACAUCCUUUGAGAAUUGGAAAACAAGAUGUGGAGUGAAGGCUAUUCUUCAUUUUAACACUGUCCUCCCCAACCAAGACACAUCUGCCCGGAAAUUCAGUUCUUGGCUUAAAGACUAAAAUACAAGCAAACCCUGGGACUCCUGGACGUGAUAAUUAUUUUCGUAAGUGAAAAUUUGGCGGAGUCCAAUUACUUGGGAGACAAUGACUUUCCUCUGUCCCGUGUUUCAGUUGCCAGUAAGCAUUUCACCUGUAAUAAAGUAUAUUUUUUAGAAAA